UUGUUGUCCUGGAUGUUCAACAGACUCCUGUUCCCCCCAACGGACCUGAAUCCAGUUCCUGCCUGGAAUGUUGCUGCUCCUACCAGAAAUGGAGACCUUGACUUGGACUCUUGUGGUGGGCGUCAUCACCGCCAUUGCAACUUCAGGAAGAUUCAUGGUAGCAGUGGAGGGCCGGGGACAGAGCUUCUGAUGCCACCACCAUCCUACUAUGGAGGCCCAGCCCCCUCUGCACUACCCCCCCGCUUCCAGCCAGCUGGUCACCCCCACCAGCAAACCCCGCCGUUCCCAGGAGCCAUGGCCUACCACCCCUCUGCUCCCCCACACCACCACCCCAUAGCCAGACCUCCUCGCUAUGGAGCUUCCAGGUGGGACUUGUUGUCCUGGAUGUUCAACAGUCGAAGUUGCCAUCAGCUGGCUGCUCUUAAUAAAGAGUGUCAGUUUGGUUUCUCAGAGCCGAUGGAGGACCUAUCUGAUAUGGACCCAGCCAUCGUGUGCUACCAGCUUGAGGGCGGGGACACCGUGUUCCCUCUACUGCCGAAGAAACAUUAAAGAUGGAGUCACAAAGGAGGACAAGGAGAUCCAGCUGCUACCCUGCAGAAGUUCGAAUGUUCUUGAUGCAUAAGAAAAAAACAUUGUUUUAGUUUACAGUUCUGUUCCAGAUAUUCAAAUAAAGAUAAGUUCUAAAGCCCUCCAGCCCUGACAGCUAAAUCUUUUGGUUAUACUGAUGAUGGAAGAUUCUGUACUGUGAUGGAGAGGUACUGAUAUCUUCGGAGCCCCCUUGUAGUGCAGGUCAAAUUGAUCCAGAGACCAUAUGAAGGACCAUGCCCUAUCUGGUGCCCCAGGGUUCCUGUUGUCCUUGCUGAGUUCAUCUGGCUGGAUUGGCAAAAGUAUAGGCCCCAGGGCAGUGGCACAGUUCAAGAAGUGCCAAUGAGACUGAACCAAGAGCCUGCUACAAUAGGGGGGAAUUGGGGUUAUUGAGUUUAGUUCAUUAGUAGUUAAUGUAUUAAUGCGUUGUGUCAUUCCUCUUGUGUGUCUUUGGCCUGAUCAGCCACUAUUGAACCCCCCUGUGUUCUUUAUUUGUUAGGUUGGUCACAAAGGAGGUUGAUGACAUGCAUGAAGAUGCAUAGAAAAUUCUUGAAGUCAUAAUGUUUUUGAGAAAGAAACCAAUUGGUUGUGUAUAGUUCAGUUCUACAUGUUCAAUUAAAACUAAAACAUUUCA